AUGUCAUACUUAGCAACUGGAUCGCUCAUAGUUUUCAGCCUGUUUUUUAUAUUUAAAGGAUUGCGAAGGUACUUUCAUUUCGAAAUCGAUAAGAACUCAGCACACUAUGGUGGGGAGCUGGUUGCAGAUGUAUUAAAGGCGCAUAAUGUACCAUUUAUUUUUACGCUCACUGGAGGCCACAUAUCACCAAUAUUGGUUGCUGCAGAAAAAGAAAAUAUACGUGUGAUUGACGUUAGGCAUGAAGCAUCUUCUGUGUUUGCCGCUGAUGCCGUCUCAAGACUUUCGGGUUCCGUUGGUGUGGCUGUUGUUACGGCAGGUCCUGGUCUUACUAAUACAGUGACAGCAGUAAAGAAUGCUCAAAUGGCUGAAUCUCCUGUAGUUAUUUUAGCUGGAGCUGCUUCUGGACUUUUACGUGGCCGUGGAUCACUUCAGGAUAUUGACCAGCUCGCUGUUUUCCGCCCAGUUUGUAAAUGGUGCAAACGUGUAGACUACGUCAGAGAUAUUAUUCCUGUUCUUUGUGAAGCAUUUUAUAUUGCGCAAUCGGAUACACCUGGUAAAUUUAUCUAUUUCCUGUGGUUGAUAUACUUAGUAACAUAA